AUAUUAACGAAUCUUUUUUUUCUUUUCUUUUGUAAUUGUGUGUUGUCCUUAGAUACGGGAGUUAUGAGCGGAGCUCAGAUAUUUAUAAGAGAGGAUCUGAAAAUAAACGACACUCAGAUCGAAGUUUUGGCCGGAAUCUUGAAUCUUUGUGCCCUCGUCGGAUCACUAACGGCAGGGAAAACGUCUGACGUCAUCGGCCGACGUUACACCAUUGCUCUCUCCGCCGUGAUAUUCUUAGUGGGUUCAGUUCUUAUGGGUUACGGCCCAAACUACACCGUUUUGAUGGUCGGUAGAUGUAUCGCCGGAGUUGGUGUAGGGUUUGCUCUCAUGAUAGCUCCGGUUUACUCUGCCGAGAUAUCCUCUGCUUCACACAGAGGCUUUCUUACUUCUCUACCUGAGCUUUGUAUUAGUCUUGGGAUUUUACUUGGUUAUGUCUCGAAUUACUGUUUUGGGAAAUUGACUUUGAAGCUUGGAUGGAGAUUGAUGCUUGGAAUCGCAGCGUUCCCGUCUUUGAUAUUGGCUUUUGGGAUUACAAGAAUGCCUGAGUCGCCGAGGUGGCUUGUGAUGCAAGGUAGGUUAGAAGAAGCCAAGAAAAUAAUGGUUUUGGUAUCCAACACAGAAGAAGAAGCCGAAGAACGAUUCAGAGACAUCUUAACCGCUGCGGAAAUAGAUGAGAUAGAGAUAAAAGCAGUUGGUGGCGCCGUUAAGAAGAAUCACGGUAAAAGUGUUUGGAGGGAGUUGGUGAUAAAACCGCGACCUGCCGUGCGUUUGAUCUUGAUAGCGGCCGUUGGGAUACACUUUUUCGAGCAUGCCACGGGAAUUGAAGCCGUCGUGUUGUACAGCCCGAGAAUUUUCAAGAAAGCCGGAGUUGUUUCGAAAGACAAGCUCUUACUAGCCACGGUCGGUGUAGGUUUAACUAAGGCCUUUUUCAUAAUAAUAGCUACUUUCUUGCUAGACAAGGUAGGUCGGAGAAAGCUUCUAUUGACCAGCACGGGUGGGAUGGUCUUCGCACUGACCAGUUUAGCGGUUAGUCUCAUGAUGGUUCAGCGAUUUGGGCAGUUAGCGUGGGCAUUGAGUUUAAGUAUCGUGUCUACGUAUGCAUUUGUAGCGUUUUUCUCUAUCGGGCUUGGGCCUAUCACGUGGGUGUAUAGCUCUGAGAUAUUCCCGUUGAGACUUAGGGCUCAAGGAGCGAGCAUAGGCGUUGCGGUUAAUAGGAUCAUGAACGCGACGGUCUCAAUGAGUUUUCUGUCGAUGACGAAGGCGAUCACGACAGGGGGGGUGUUCUUCGUAUUCGCCGGAAUAGCGGUGGCAGCAUGGUGGUUCUUCUUCUUUAUGUUGCCGGAGACGAAAGGAUUGCCAUUGGAGGAGAUGGAGAAGCUUUUUGGUGGUGGAGGUCCUCGUGGUGAUUGCGAAGGACUAGAGAUUCAAACAAAGAGAGUCAAUAAUUAGGUUAGAUUAUCAUGACUAUGUAAAAUUAAUUUGGCAUAUAUUUUAAAACAUCAACAUGAUUUGGCAUAUCUCUUAUAAGGUGUUUCUUUUUUGUAGAGGAUUAAGGAUGAUGCAGAUAAUCAUUGAAUAAAAUAUUUUAUGCUAU